AUGGUAGAUCUUAUGGAUGGAACAGAAGAUUUUCAAGAACGGGCGGAUUUCGAGGAUGGUGAAUUACCAGAAGAGGGAGAGAUCUGCGACGACGACGAGGAACCCAUGAGAGCAUGUGAAGGCGCUAGCCACUCCAGCCCGGGUCAUAACGAUGGUGAGGCUGCCGAGUCAUCAGGUGGUACAUCACCAAACUCUGCAAAACCUGCACGGGCGAAUAAACAGGUCGCUGGCUCAUCGUUAAAGGAGGAAAAUGCGAAAUCAUCACUGAGUACAUGGGCAAGCAAAGUAGCUGCAGCUGGCGAAAAAGUCGGGGACGUGUUCGGCUACGGUACCGAAGACAAAGACUAUCGAUUCGAAGAAGAAGCGACCGGAGAUUUUGAUUAUCGUCAAGGAGGUGGACAUAUCGGAAGGAGGCGUCGUCACUCUCCUCCACAUGAGGAUGAUUGGGAAUCGCGAGGCUCUAAGCGACCAUACGGCGGUCGUGGAUUCCGUGGAUUCCGUCCGAAACCACGUUGGGCAACGGAGCACCAGAUUUGCAAGUUUUUUCGCGAGGGCUAUUGCAGAGACGGAGAUAACUGCGCCUAUUCACAUCAAGCUGAGGAUUCCCUUCGUCGUCCAGAGUUGUGCAAAUUCUAUCAACAAGGAUUCUGCAAAAAAGGACUCACUUGUCUCUUACUACAUGGUGAAUUCCCAUGCAAAGCAUUCCACAAAGGGGAGUGCAGUCGCGAACCAUGUCAUUUUAGUCACGUUCCGUUAACAGAUUACACGCGUCCUCUUUUUGAGCGAAUGUGUCAGGAAGAUGAGAUGUAUGCCAAUCGGGGACUUGGAAACCAUGUAGCACCAAUGAAGCGACGAGUACUGCUGCCUCAGGGACCAGGAAGCAGCCAACAAGCGAUCCCAGUUUCUACAUCGACUGCAGCCAUUCAUACUGCUGUUCCACAGCAACCUACAAAUGGAUCUCUGGCGCCACCAUCCGUUGUAGUCCCCACAUUAGGUGGUAGUGUUGGGCCUACUCCUCCUCCUUUUCCAGCUAUGCCACCAAGAUUACCGUUUUAUGCUCCCAUAGUGACAUCCCCACAACGGUUUGACGAGAAAGCAUCAUCUUCAACAGCAACCUCAACAACAACAAAUACUGCAAAUACGGCUCCUUCCACACAGUUUAAUAUCAGCCAGAUGCUGGCACAGAUAGCCGGUGACCCAGUAGCUGACGAAGAAAGUCCAGCUAGUCCACCUCGCUACAGUGGACUGGGUGAUAGCGCAGUAGUUCGCCAAAUUCCCGAAGGUAACGUUGUUGCAUGGCGGCUGAUAGAAAUAGAAAGAGCGACCCCAUAUUCGGGAAUUAAUCCUGGUUUUUCGCUAACAAGUCAGGAUCCGCGAAUGAAUCGUGUGAUUUCGUCACAGUUCGAUGCCGUAUCGUCGUUGAUCGCCGCAACACCACAACCUUCAUCCGAUUCGUCGUCAAGCAGUAGGGCGGAUUUGAGAUUUAUGCCACAAGAACGAAGAGCAAGCGAUGAGAGGCCUCGUGCUUCAUCUUGGAUGCCACAAAUGGCUUGA